AUGACGUUCUACAUUCUGUGUGGGAGGAGUUUCUUUUAUCUGUUUGACAUACUCAUUAUAAAAGAACUGUAAGAAACAUGUUUGCCUCAUUUGGCUCCCAACAUCUCAUCAUAUCAACUGUCAUUCAGUUACCUGAGAAAGAGUUUAUUCAACAAUGGAACCUCCACAGCGUUUAUACAUCCAACUACCAGAUGACUUUGACGUAUUGCAAUUACCUGGUGAAUGGGACCAUGGGGUUGUUGUUACAGAUUUGAAUCCACAUUUGACAGAGAGUGAGUUUCACAACUACUUUGAAACCUUUGGGACAAUUACAGAAUGUGUAUUCAAAAUGGAAAAGUCAUCACAAUGGCCGAAGGGUAUGGGCUUUGUGAGAUACUCAUCUGCAGAGGAGGCUAAAGCAGCAGAAGCCAGGCCACACUACCUUGGAGGUUUUCACUUACAGAUCAAAAAAGUUAUUACACCAAAAUUGUCUGCCCAGAACAGAUCUGACAAUCAGUUAAAUGGUCCUCCAUGCCAAUCCUUUCAAGCAGGCCAGUGUGUGAAUUAGAAGUGGAAUAAAGGAGCACCGACAGUUACUGGCUGAAAUGAUUAACCUCAUCCUACCACAAUGUGAACUAAAAUGUUUUUGCUUGAUAAUCCAGUGUAUAUUGUGACAUUUUCUACUUAAGAGUAAAACCCUGUUUGAUUUAAUAUCUGUAUCCCUACUGUAAAUGAUCACUUUAAUACCUGAAAUGCUGAAUAAAUGAAUUCUUAGAGGAGA